AGCUCCCGCAGCCCUUCCAGAUUCCACAGAGGAGGGGAAGCCCAAGCGCUGCCUGUUCCGCGGCGGGGCGGCAAUGGCGGCUCCACAUCGGCGGGGCUGCAGCGGGCUGGCCUGGGUCUGCUUUCUCGUGGGGGCCCUGUGGGAGACCCGGGCAGAGCCGAUCCGCUACUCUGUGCCUGAGGAGCUGGACAAAGGCUCUUUCGUGGGCAACAUCGCCAAGGACCUGGAGCUGGAGCCCCGGGAGCUGGCGGAGCGCGGGGUCCGCAUCGUCUCCAGAGGUAGGACCCAGCUCUUUGCUCUGAACCCGCAAAGCGGCAGCUUGAUCACCGCGGGCAGGAUCGACCGCGAGGAGCUCUGUGACAGAGCUGCCAAAUGCGUAGCAAACCUGGAGAUCCUCCUGGAGGAGAAAGUGAAGAUUUGGGGAGUAGAAGUGGAAAUCAUCGAUGUUAAUGAUAACACGCCCAGCUUUGAGGCAGAGGAGAGGGAAAUAAAAGUUGUUGAAAAUGAAAGUCCUGGGACAAGAUUCCCUCUUCCUGAAGCUUUUGAUCUGGAUGUCGGGGUAAAUUCUCUGCUAAGCUACCAGCUAAGCCCGAAUGGUCCCUUCUCCCUGGAUGUGCAAAGCGGGCCCGAUGGGAUUAAGUACCCGGAGCUGGUGCUGGAGCGCCCUCUGGACCGCGAGGAAGAGCCCAUGCACCACCUGGUGCUCACCGCUUCCGACGGGGGCAACCCGGUUCGCUCUGGCACUGCCAGGAUUCGCGUGAAAGUCAUGGAUACCAACGACAAUGCCCCUGUAUUCACCCAACCAGAGUACCACGUGAGUGUCCGCGAGAACAUACCAGUGGGCACCCGGCUGCUCACUGUAAAAGCCACUGAUCCAGAUGAAGGAGCCAAUGGGGAAGUGACAUAUUCUUUCCGCAAAAUGAGAGGCAAAAUAUCCCAGCUCUUCCAGUUGAAUUCUCUGACUGGGGACAUAGCAAUCGCGGGGGAUUUGGAUUACGAAGACUCCGGAUUCUAUGACAUAGAUAUAGAAGCCCAUGAUGGGCCUGGUCUCCGAGCCAGAAGUAAGGUACUGGUGACAGUGCUGGACAUCAAUGACAACGCUCCUGAAGUCACCGUGACAUCACUCACCAGCUCAAUCCAAGAAGUGUCUCCCCCGGGCACAGUGAUUGCACUUUUCAAUGUGCAUGACGGCGACUCGGGAGAGAAUGGCCUGGUAACAUGUUCAAUCCCAGAUCACCUGCCGUUCACACUUGAAAAGACCUACGGAAAUUAUUAUCGGCUGUUGACACACAGAACUCUGGACAGGGAAGAUGUCUCAGAAUAUAACAUCACAGUAAUUGCCACUGACCAGGGAACCCCGCCACUGUCCUCGGAAACUCACAUCGCGCUGCACGUGGCAGAUAUUAAUGACAAUCCACCCACCUUCGACCAGGCCUCCUACACAGCCUACAUUCCCGAAAACAACCCUCGAGGUGCUUCCUUCUUCUCCGUGACUGCCCAGGACCCUGACAGUGGUGAGAAUGCUCAAGUCACAUAUUCUUUGGCCGAGGGCACCCUCCAGGGGGCGCCUCUGUCUUCCUACAUCUCCAUCAACUCUGAGACUGGGGUCCUCUAUGCCCUGCGUUCCUUCGACUAUGAACAGUUUCGGGAUUUACAGCUACAGGUGACUGCCAGCGACAAUGGGGACCCGCCACUCAGCAACAAUGUGUCAUUGGGCCUAUUUGUGCUGGACCAGAAUGACAAUGCACCUGAGAUACUGUACCCGGCUCUUCCCACCGAUGGAUCCACAGGAGUGGAGCUGGCUCCCCGCUCUGCAGAGCCUGGCUACUUGGUGACCAAGGUGGUGGCAGUUGACCGAGACUCUGGGCAGAACGCCUGGCUGUCCUAUCGCCUGCUCAAGGCCAGCGAGCCAGGGCUCUUCGUGGUGGGCGUGCACACGGGCGAGGUGCGCACAGCGCGGGCCCUGCAGGACAGAGACGCGCUCAAGCAGAGCCUGGUGGUUGCGGUCCAGGACCACGGUCAGCCCCCUCUCUCGGCCACCGUCACGCUCACAGUUGCUGUGGCUGACAACAUCCCCGAGGUCCUAGCUGACCUGGUCAGCAUCAAGACACCUGUGAACCCAGACGACUCUGGCCUAACUCUGUACCUAGUAAUAGCCGUGGCCACAGUCUCUUGCGUCUUCCUCGCCUUCGUCAUCAUGCUGCUGGCUCUCAGGCUGCGGCGCUGGCACACCUCGCGUCUGCUUCAGACCUCAAGAGAGCUGGCAGGUGUGUCUGCCUCGCACUUUGUGGGCGUAGACGGGGUGCGGGCUUUCCUACAGACCUACUCCCAUGAGGUCUCCCUCACCGCGGACUCUCGGAAGAGUCACCUGAUCUUUCCUCAGCCCAACUACGCGGACACGCUAUUAAGUGCAGAGAGCUGUGAGAAAAGCGAGCCUCUUGUGAUGCCUCAGGACCUCCUUGAAACAAAAGGAGACUGCAGUCAGGUGAGUUGA